AUGACGACCGCACUAAUUUUAGUCACGAUCGUCGUGAAGAGAAUAAACAAAAUUAUUAAGUUAAAAAGUAGAUUAAAAUCGAAAUCGAAAGAGUGCAGACGUGCUCUCAAGUUUCCACCAUGUUUUCCCUCCAUCCCAGUUGUCGGUUCCAUGCCAUUUUUGCCAAAAUUCUCCAACUUGCAUGAGUUUUUCACUGAGAAUGCGGACAGAUACGGACCCGUGGUUGCGAUUCAUUUUGCAAACGAGUACGUUGUGAUGUUGAUUGGGAAGGAGGCAAUUCAGGAUGCUUUUGUGCAGAAAGGCUCUGAUUUUGCUGGCAGGCCAAAGUUUAAGUUUGAUGAAUUUUUAAAGAAAACUAGAAAAGGAAUUAUUGUACGUCAGUACGACGAUGACUUCAGACUUUACCACAAACUGACAAUCAACAUUUUGAGAAAGUUUGGAUUUGGAAGUAAAAUAAUGGAGAAUCGAAUUCACGAUGAAAUGAAUUCUUUCAUUAAAGAACUUCAGACACUGAGUGGGGAGCCAUUAUGUCCUAAACUUCUACUCUUCCAACACGUUCUCAAUGUUAUCACAGGUUUGCUACUUGGUAAGAAAUUCGAGCCUGAAGAUGUAGACAGAGAUGCAGUUGUUGAUCUUAUUAGGAGGUCAUUUGCUGAAUUCAAAGAACUUGUAGUUGUCAACUUUUUUCCUUUCCUCAGAUUUGUUCCAAAAAAACACAACACAGCAUUAGGUGGAAAUAUCUCUAACCCAACAACAACCGUCACCACCAACAAGAAUGAGAAUACAGAAACAAAUGGUGAAAAUAAAAAUGGCGUUAGUGAUGGUGAAGAAAAAAUUGGAGACAGCAAAGUUAAAAAAGAAGAAGAAAAUUACGACAGAGAACAGCUAAUUCUAACUCUGAAUGAUUUAUUCAAGGCAGGUACGGAGACAACAGUUUCAACUCUUGAAUGGGCCUUCAUUAUGAUGGCCAGUUACCAGCAUGUACAAGAUAGAUGCUAUCAGGAUAUUGAAAAAGUUACAGGUAGAAGAAGAAUGCCUUCAUUGUCUGACAAGAGUCACAUGCCGUAUGUCGAAGCGACAAUAUACGAAAUCAUGAGGUAUAAACCAGUAACCCCCUUAGCAAUUCCUCAUUGCACCACUAAAGAUACGGAGGUACUGGGGUACUUUAUACCAGCUGGUACAACGGUAUUUGGAAAUUUGUACAGCGCUCUGAAAGGAGCAAAGACAUGGGGCGAUCCUGACGUAUUUAGGCCUGAAAGGUUUUUAUCAGAAGAUGGUAGUAGCGUCAUUAAUAAGGAGGCAGUCAUUAACUUUUCAGUGGGCAAGAGAUCAUGCACUGGUGAAAUACUAGCCAGACACGAAGUCUUCCUAUUUCUAACUUGCACACUCCAACGUUUUCAAAUUGUCCCAUCCAGCGUUGAAGAAAACUCAGAUCAAAUACCGACACUCCCAAAGCCAUUCCAGAAAUCGUCACAAGCUGAAAACAACCAAGUGCGCUACGAGCAAGUUAUGGAUGUGUCACUAAAGCCUGCCGAUUAUAAGAUUCGUUUUAUUGAUAGAAUCCAGUAA